UCAAUGGGCAAUCACGAGGGCCUCCCGAAUAGUUGCGUAGUGACUCCGGAGACUUAGUGCAGCGCAUGCGCACGCUUCUCAUCAUGGAGUUUCUCAUGCUGAGAAUUUCAGAAGGUUGCAAAAAACGUUAGUUGUCAUCAUGUCUGACCGAAAGGACGUGGUUGUCUUCAAAACUCCCAAUCUCCCUGCACCAAAAAAGAGACGAAAGGUCUUGGACGAGGAUGAAUACGUUCUUGCAUUGGAGAAUAUCAUAGAACAUGAUUUCUUCCCAGACCUGAAUAAUCUGAAAGUCCAAGCUCAGUACUUGGUUGCAUUGGAAAAUAAUGAUACAGUGACCCUCCGUUCCUUAUAUGAAAGGUAUACUUCUGGCAGACCUGAUACAUCCAGCACAGGAAAGCAAGGAUGUCCAGCCAGUCCAGCAACAUUUGAGACCCCAGAAGCCCCUAAUAGAGGGGAACCAGAGAGUGAAAAGUCUAUCAAGAAAAUUUCCCAUGAGAAACGAGAAGACAAGUCUUCUUGUAAGGAACAGAAGAUGCAGGGUUUGGAUGCCUACCUCAACUCUCAUACUAGUGAGGACAACCAGAGUUUCUCAGAGAUCAUGGAAGAAACAGAAAAAAGACAUAGAGUGAAAGUGAGUACUGGUGUUGAAUGGAAGGAACCUGGUGCAGGUGAAUUCCUGAGCCAAGCCUCUGGUCAUCCUUGGUUGUACAAGGAAGAGGAGACAUUGGAGAAUUCUCUGGUCCUUCCAGCCAUUGAGGAUCAGGCUGAUCAAGCAUCUCGUCCCAAUCAGAUUGAUACAUGGGAUUAUAAGAAUAAGAACUAUAUCAUGUAUAUACCAGAAGGUGCACCAUGGACCAAGGAGGAGGAGAGGGAGAGAAGGCAAAAUCAGCGUAGCAUUGUACAUAGGAACACUCGGUUAAUUAAAUCUCUAUGGAAGACAGGGGAACAGCUAGUGAAGGGAAACCAAAUGCAGAAUAUUGUUGAGGGAAAGGUUGGGAUUGAUGGCAAGGAACUUGCCCCUGCAGCAGAUGCUGGUCCUGGGAUAAAGGGUUACUCAUUUGUCAAGACCCCUUCUCCUGCACCUGGAGUGGAUGGGACACCAUUGAUGACAUGGGGAGAAGUAGAGACCACCCCAUAUCUACUGGAAGGAGGUGGAGGGAGUACACCAUUACUCUCAACACCAACAUUUAAGAUCCCUGACACUCCUUCCAGAGAGAGACUUGGUCUGCAGCUGGCUGAAGCUGCUUCACGAAGCCUGAGGGAAAAGAAAAAGAAAGCGCUCAACCUUGCCAAGUCUUCUCUCAAAGGGACCCCAGGGGGAGGGAUGGCAUUGGAGCGGUUAGCAUCCAUGUCACCUGCAGCACAGCAUCUGGCAACAGCACGUCUUGGGAUUCGCCUUGGCACAGACAAAGCCCUUCGUGCAUCAUACACCCCAAGCCCUCAAAGACGGCUUUCAGGGACCCCCACACCAAGUCCUCAGAGGUUGACAAGAAAGGGUCAAGAUCAUACUCCCACCAUUGAAAGGAGCUUGACCUCCACACUUGGGCAAGCAGAGUCAAGAGAACUCACUGACAACCUCCUCCACCUCCCCAAACGAGCUAAAGCAUCUGAUUUUUUCUGAACUUUAUGUUUGCAGUGGAAAAUAUGCAUUAUGAAUGUGAUGGAAUGGA